GAAGAUAUAUAAGAAAUGAAUUUAAUAUUAUGGAAUUAUCGCAAAAAAGGUAAUUUGUUAUGUACAUAUGUAUUAUGUUCGGUUAUAAACUGUUUUUGCAUUUGGGAUUAUAGCUUCAUACAAAACUUUAGACUUUCUAAGGAAGUCUUAAGAGGCAUAACUGAAGAACUAACGGUACCUAUAAGAUCCACGGCAGUAAAUCCAGCUAUAAAACUUGCUGCUACUUUAAAAUUCCUUGGUCAAGGGGGCUAUCAACAUCAAAUAGGGCAAGACCGGUUUGCAGGGUUAGCACAGUCCACCACAUCUAAAUGUAUUGCAGAAGUUUUGAAUGCUAUUGAAAAAACAAUGUGUCCGAAACACAUAAAAUUUGAAAUGAUCUCACAAGAAAAGCGUGAAGCUAAGAAUUAUUUUUAUUAAAAAUUUGGAUUACCAGGAAUAAUAGGUGCUGUUGAUGGAACUCACAUUCAGAUGGUUAGAUCAGUAAAAGAUGAACAUCUCUUUUUUAAUCGAAAGCUAAAGCAUAGCGUCAAUGCUAUGGUGAUUUGUGACCAUAACAUGUAUAUAAGAGCUGUAAAUGGAGUUUAUGGUGGAGCAGCGCAUGAUGCCCACGUAUGGACCCUUUCAAACGAACGACAAUACAUGCUAUCCAACUAUCAAAACGGAGAUAAAUCUUCAUGGUUAAUUGGUGAUUCUGGAUAUCCAUUAGAGCCAUGGAUCCUUACGCCUUACCGCAAUGCAGAAGAAAAUUCACUUGAAAGUUUGUACAAUGAAGAAAAUUCACUUGAAAGUUUGUACAAUGAAAAAUUUACAAAAGCAAGAUCAAUAAUCGAGCGUGUAUUUGGAAUUUUAAAAAGUCGUUUUCGAUGCCUGCUUGCUGGAAGAGGGCUUCACUAUGCACCAAAAAAAAUUGUUAAAAUUUUGAACGUUUGUUGUGCCCUGCAUAACAUUUGCCUCAUAUACAACGUUGAAGCAUCAACAGUAAUUGAAAUUAAUGAAGAACGAUCUAAUUUGGCUUUACCCAACGUAGAUCAAAACGAGUUUUCACGAAUUGCGCAAACAAUACGAGACCGAACUAAAAUAAGCUUGCGUUCGUAAUUUAAAUAAAGUAACUAAAAAGCAAUCCAUUUAUU